AUGUUCUUACAACACCUUGUCAAACCGCUUCGCAACACCAACAACUUCUACCUCUCCACAUCAACCGCCAACAAAGCCAGACUAUUCUCCUCGACUUCCGCAGUCAUGGUCAAAGCCGGUGAUACUAUUCCAGAAGUCACCCUAGUCGAAGACUCCCCUGGUAACAUCGUCGAACUCCACAAGGAGAUCGGUACUGGAAAUGCUCUAAUCAUUGGUGUCCCUGCGGCGUUCAGUCCAUCUUGCUCCAACUCUCAUGUUCCUGGCUACAUCAACCACCCCAAGCUCAAAGACGCUGGCAAGGUCUUCGUCGUUUCAGUCAACGAUCCCUUUGUCAUGAAAGCAUGGAGUGAAUCCCUUGACACCAACAAAUCCAGCCGUAUCCGUUUCCUUGCCGACCCAUCUGGUGCCUUCACCCGAGCUUUGGACACCGAAUUCGACAGUGCCAAGGUCUUCGGCCAGAACCGCAGCAAGCGAUACGCCAUCACUAUCGAGAGCGGCAGAGUCAAAGAUGUCUACAUUGAGCCAGACAAUACUGGUGUUUCUGUCUCCACUGCUGAGAAAGUGCUGGGUUAG